UGCCAUUGCUUGCUGUGCCUGAUUCCGUUGUGUAUACCUCAGGUAGCUGCUUUCUACGAGUGACUUCCAGUCGGGUCGAUGCAAUAUGAAGAGGAUUCUAACGACUGCAAGAAACGGCACAAAUGCCGUCUUUGGCCGUCGACCUCGUUGUUCGACUUCUGAGUCUAAGAGUAGAGAGAGACAGAGACUAGUAAUUUUAGGGAGCGGCUGGGGUGGUUACAGUCUAAUGAAGAACAUUGACCAGCGAAAAUUCAGUGUGGUAGUCGUCAGUCCUCGCAAUCAUUUUCUCUUCACUCCUCUACUUGCCAGUACAACUGUCGGUACGUUGGAGUUUCGUAGCAUUAUCGAGCCGGUGCGUUACGGUCGUAAGUUUCGAGACGAAAGAGAUUUUCACUUGGCCGAAGCCGAGCGUUUAGAUCUGGAAGAGAAGACGGUGUGGUGCCGCAGCAUGCUAGACGAGAGUAACCGUUAUGCUAUUAGAUAUGACAAGUUGGUCAUAGCCGUGGGAGCCCUGUCGAAUACGUUUGGUGUACCAGGAGUUCGAGAGCAUGCAUUCUUCUUAAAAGAAUUGGUUGAUGCCAAAGCAAUCCGUAAUCGUAUUAUAAGCAACUUUGAACUGGCUGUUCAGCCAGGGGUCACUCCUUGUCGAGUCAAACAGUUACUACAUUUUGUUAUUGUUGGUGGUGGUCCUACGGGUGUUGAAUUUGGAGCAGAGUUGUAUGAUUUUAUUAGCCAGGACAUGUCUCGGUUAUUUCCAAUGGAAGUGAACGAUGUUCGCGUUUCUCUUAUUGAAGCAUCACAAAUUCUGUCAGGAUUUGAUGAGAAACUGAGGAAAUUUGCUGAAAAAAAGAUACAGCAACGUGAAAAAAUGGAAUUGGUCAAGGGCACCGUUAGUGAAGUGCACAGAGAUACAAUAAUUUUGCAAGACAGAUCAGAAAUACCUUGUGGUCUUGUUGUGUGGGCUGCUGGUCUUGCUCCAAGGUCAUUUGUAUUGUCUCUAGGUGUUCCAAAGAACAAACAACAACAGCUCUUGGUUGAUCAAAGUUUACGUCUGAAAGCCGAUCCGAUGGGUUCUGUGUUUGCUUUGGGUGACUGUUCGUGUGUGGAGGAAAACCCGAUGCCACCAACAGCUCAAGUAGCAGAAAGACAAGGUCGCUACCUUGCAAAGAGUCUCUCUCAGUAUUCGGAUGCAACUCAUUCACCACCAAUGCAUUUUAAGAGUGUAGGGAUGUUGGCUUAUGUAGGAGAUUACCAAGCAGUAGCCGAAUUACCUCAAUUCAAAUUUGGAGGUUUUCAUUCGUGGCUCUUGUGGCGUUCGGCAUAUUUAACACGUCUAGGAAACUGGAGACUUCGAUUGCAGGUGCCAAUUGAUUGGUUCAAAACUUUCUUUUACGGUCGAGAUGUGUCUCAGUUCUAAAACUGGGUAUGUGGCUUGAUUUAGAAGUCUAAUUUGUGGCAUCCCUGGAAGAAAAUUAAGGCAUCUUAGAAUAAGUUUGUCUAGUUUCUCGUACAUUGGGCUCGGUCUCAUAUGGUGGGUAAUUUUAGAUGUAAGUGAGUCGUGCAUGUAUGAGAGUUGUGUCCGGUCUAGUUUAUUUUGGAAUGCAGCUCAUUUCCGACAUACCGACAUACGCCAUAGCCUUAGGUACCUCUGAGAAUGCAUUGCCGUUUAGCUUUAUGUCCUCAAGCUAUUGGGAAUGAAAACAGCUGGUUGCAAUGUUUACUGAGGCACGAAAAGAAGCGUUUACGAUUCAUGUAGACAAUGGAGAAAGAAAGAGCUAGACUUACUCUCUUAUUUUCUUCAAACUGGAUAGUGUCCAAACACCACUUUUAUAGAUAGUCUAUUGUUGAUAGUUGCAGUGGUAAGCGGAGAUGCUUUCCUGCAGGUGGCUUCUCCUUCUAGGAGGGGUCUUUAGUUGCUUGUGGAAUGUUCGGUUUCUCGCAAUGUGUCGUCGUUCUACCUCAAACGAGUCAUCGUCAGUGCGGCGGUCGCCACAUACACGCAGAAGACGGUCACCUGAAACAGCAAUAAAAA